ACAGUCAGACACUCAGAGGGACUUGGCUCUCCUUUUGAAGACUACACAUCUCCAGUUCUCCUCUGCUCAGAGUUGACAACCUUUACAACUGCAAAAAUGAGGAAGGCACAAUCAGUUUCCAGCUACAGUCUCAGCAGCAGGAGGUCCGUUGGACCAACUACUAGCUACUCCGUGAAAAGAACCAGCUAUGGGGGUCUUGGCUCUAGUGCUGGUACUGGUGGUGGUGCUGGUUUUGGUUAUGGUAUGUCAAUGGGUGGUAGUUCUGGUGGCUUUUCUUCCAACCAAAGUUACAUCGCACCACCGAUCACAGCUGUCCAAGUCAACCAGAGCCUGCUGGCCCCUCUGAACCUGGAUAUUGACCCCACUAUCCAGGCUGUCCGCACCCAGGAGAAGGAGCAGAUCAAGACCCUCAACAACCGCUUCGCCUCUUUCAUCGACAAGGUCCGUUUCCUGGAGCAGCAGAACAAGAUGCUGGAGACCAAAUGGAGCCUCCUGCAGGACCAGACCACCACCCGCUCCAACAUCGACAGCAUGUUUGAGGCCUACAUUGCCAACCUGCGCAGACAGCUCGAUGGGCUGGGCAAUGAGAAGGUCAAGCUGGAGGGAGAGCUGAGGAACAUGCAGGGCUUGGUUGAGGACUUCAAGAGGAAGUAUGAAGAUGAAAUCAACAAACGUGCAGCUGCAGAGAACGAGUUUGUGCUCUUGAAGAAGGAUGUUGAUGCCGCCUACAUGAACAAGGUGGAACUGGAAGCCAAGGCUGAUGCACUUCAGGAUGAGAUCAACUUCCUCAGGGCCGUCUAUGAGGCUGAGCUUCGUGAGCUGCAGGGCCAGAUCAAGGACACCUCUGUCAUUGUGGAGAUGGACAACAGCCGUAACCUGGACAUGGAUUCUAUUGUAGCUGAAGUGCGUGCUCAGUAUGAGGACAUUGCCAACCGCAGCAAGGCUGAAGCAGAGACCUGGUACAAACAGAAGUAUGAGGAGAUGCAGAGCUCUGCUGGACAGUAUGGUGAUGACCUGCGUUCAACCAAGGCUGAGAUAUCUGAGCUGAACCGCAUGAUCGCCCGUCUUCAGAAUGAGAUUGAGUCUGUCAAGGGACAGAGGGCCAGUCUUGAGGCUCAGAUCGCAGAAGCUGAGGAGCGUGGUGAGAUGGCAGUGAAGGAUGCCAGGCUCCGCAUCAAGGACCUGGAGGAUGCUCUGCAGAGAGCCAAGCAGGACAUGGCCCGCCAGGUGCGCGAAUAUCAGGAGCUGAUGAAUGUCAAGCUGGCCCUGGACAUCGAAAUCGCCACCUACAGGAAACUGCUGGAAGGAGAGGAGAGCAGACUGGCCAGCGGAGGCUCCAAUGCAACAAUCCAUGUGCAGACUUCUGGAGGAUCACUCCAGUCCAGUGGUGGAUUCGGCUAUGGUGGAGGCAGCGGCAGCUAUGGUGGAGGCAGCGGCAGCUACAGUGGAAGCAGCAGCUAUGGUGGUGGUGGUUAUGGUGGUGCCACAAUCACCAAGUCCACAGUCUCAACAGUCAGUUCCAACAGGAGAGUCUAUUAAAAAGGAGAGCCGUCCCUCUUCCCCUCCAGAAAUUCUUGAAUUUGAUUUAAAUCUGUACCCAUUUAGAUUCCUAAAGUCUGAGAGUUUCUGAAGGUAAACAUGACCUCAAACACCAAAGGGCAAGUUCAGUUUGCAAUGCAAUUUUUUUUUUUUUCUGCACUGACAUCCAAGAAAUAAGAAAAAAGGAAAAAAAUAGUGUUAAAGAGUGUUAAAACUAAACAAGGAAGCAUUUGAAAAUUUGUACUCUAUAUUGUCAAUUUAUACCUUUUGUACUGUAAUGCAGUGGGGAUGGGCGGAUGUUUUCAUUUGAUGUCUCUUCCUACAUUUGAGUGCUGAUAUUAGUAAGGGGAGCAAGUCACUGACCAAAUCUGAUCACUGGAGAAAUGCAAAAAAUGUAAACUUGUUGUUUAGGUUUGACCUGAUUGGCUAAUGGCUUAUUCUUUUUACUGUUCUGCCAAAUGUUUCCAUGCUUAGUUUUGCCUUUCCUUGCCUUCAAGAUAAAACUAUGUUGAAACCAGAUUUAUUUUGUCAAAAAGCCUUCUCGGCAACAUUACUGAUGAAUAUUGCAGCAAGUUACAUCAAAAACAUCUGAAUAAAAUAAAUCUGAGAACUUUAA